AUGAGGGAUCGGUGCGGGUUCAGCGGGCGCAGCCACCGCACGGCUGCUCUCCCUGAUGGAUGGCGGGGCCGGGAGGGGGCUGCCGCAUUGCUGGCGGAGGGGGAUGGCAGCGGGGCACGGGGCCACUGGCACAGGGCCACACCAGGACGGGUGAUUGCCCAGCCCAGGCACCUGGAGGUGGCCGAGCCCCAUCUCCCCACAGGUGCUCAGCAAAGUGUGACCGUGGCCAAUCCGGUGUCCGGCGCAUCCCCGGACCUGCUGCCGCACUUCCAGCUGGAGCCGGAGGACGUCUACAUCGUGAAGAACAAGGCGGUGAGCCUGGCCUGCCGUGCCACCCCUGCCACCCAGAUCUACUUCAAGUGCAACGGCGAGUGGGUGCACCAGGGCGACCAUGUCACAGAGCACAGCACCGACCGUGGCACCGGGCUGCCGGUGAUGGAGGUGCGCAUUGAGGUCACCCGCCAGCAAGUGGAGAAGAUCUUUGGGCUGGAGGAGUACUGGUGCCAGUGCGUGGCCUGGAGCUCCUCUGGCACCACCAAGAGCCAGAAAGCUUUCGUGCGCAUCGCCUAUCUGCGCAAGAAUUUUGAGCAGGAGCCGACGGCCAGGGAGGUGUCCAUCGAGCAGGGCAUCGUGCUGCCAUGCCGCCCUCCCGAGGGCAUCCCCCCUGCCGAGGUGGAGUGGCUGCGCAACGAGGAGCUGGUGGACCCGGCGCUGGACGCCAACGUCUACGUGACACCAGAGCACAGCCUGGUGCUGCGGCAGGCCCGCCUGGCCGACACUGCCAACUACACCUGCGUGGCCAAAAACAUCGUGGCCCGUCGCCGCAGCGCUUCAGCCGCCAUCACCGUCUACGUGAACGGCGGCUGGUCAACGUGGACGCAGUGGUCGGGCUGCAGCACCAGCUGUGGACGGGGCUGGCAGAAGCGGAGCCGGACAUGCACCAACCCCACGCCCCUCAACGGGGGGGCUUUCUGUGAGGGCCAAAAUGUGCAGAAAACCGCCUGCACCACCCUCUGCCCAGUGGACGGCGCCUGGUCGGAGUGGAGCAAGUGGUCGGUGUGCGGGGCCGAGUGCACCCACUGGCGGAGCCGGGAGUGCUCGGAGCCAGCGCCACGCAACGGGGGCCAGGAUUGCCACGGCCCCGAGCUGGACACCCGCAACUGCACCUCCGAGCUCUGCAGCCACGCUGCCCCCGGCGCAGAGGACGUGGCGCUGUACGUGGGGCUGGUGGCCGUGGCCGUGUGCCUGGUGCUGUUGCUGCUGGUGGGGGUGCUGGUGUACUGCCGCAAGAAGGGGGGCCUGGACGCUGAUGUGGCCGACUCCUCCAUCCUCACCGCCGGCUUUCAGCCCGUCAGCAUCAAGCCCAGCAAGGCCGACAACCCCAGCCUGCUCACCAUCCAGCCCGACCUCAGCACCGCCACCAUGACCUACCAGGGCUCGCUCUGCCCACGCCAGGAUGGCCCUGCCAAGCUCCAGCUGCCCAAUGGGCACCUGCUGAGCCCGCUGGGUGCUGGGCGGCACACGCUGCACCACAGCUCGCCUGCCACCGAGGGCGCCGACUUCGUGGCCCGGCUCUCCACCCAGAGCUACUUUCGUUCCCUGCCCCGUGGCACGACCAACAUGGCCUACGGCACCUUCAACUUCUUGGGGGGGCGGCUCAUGAUCCCCAACACAGGGAUCAGCCUGCUCAUCCCACCCGAUGCCAUCCCACGGGGGAAGAUCUAUGAGGUCUACCUGACCCUGCACAAGCAGGAGGAGGUGAGGCUGCCCCUGGCCGGCUGCCAGACACUACUGAGCCCCAUCGUCAGCUGCGGUCCCCCCGGGGUCCUCCUCACCCGCCCUGCCAUCCUGGCCAUGGGUCACUGCGUGGAGGCCAGCGCUGAGAACUGGAGCAUCCGGCUGAAGAAGCAGUCGUGCGAGGGCACGUGGGAGGAUGUGCUGCAGCUGGGCACUGAGCCGUGCACGGAGCUGUACUACUGCCAGCUGGAAGCGCAGGCUUGCUACAUCUUCACCGAGCAGCUGGGACGCUUCGCCCUGGUCGGGGAGUCCCUCAGCAUGGCGGCCUCCAAGCGCCUCAAGCUGGUCCUGUUCGCGCCGGCCGCCUGCCCCUCGCUCGAGUACAACAUCCGUGUCUACUGCCUCAGCGACACGCAGGAUGUCCUCAAGGAGGUGAUUCAGCUGGAGAAGCAGCUGGGGGGGCAGCUGAUCGGAGCCCCCCGGGUCCUGCACUUCAAGGACAGCUACCACAACCUGCGCCUCUCCAUCCAUGACAUGCCCAGCUCCCUCUGGAAGAGCAAGCUCCUCGCCAGCUACCAGGAGAUCCCCUUCUACCACAUCUGGAGCGGGCUGCAGCCCUUCCUGCACUGCACCUUCACCCUGGAGCGCCUGAGCCCCAGCACCUGCGAGCUGGCCUGCAAGAUCUGGGUCUGGCAGGUGGAGGGCGACGGGCAGAGCUUCACCGUCAACUUCAACAUCUCCAAGGACACGAGGUUUUCGGACUGGCUGGUCCCCGACAGCGAGGUGGGCGCCCCGGCCCUGGUGGGCCCCAGUGCCUUCAAGAUCCCCUUCCUCAUCCGCCAGAAGAUCAUCAGCAGCCUGGACCCGCCGGGCACCCGGGGAGCUGACUGGAGGACGCUGGCCCAGAAGCUCAACCUCGACAGCCAUCUCAGCUUCUUUGCCUCAAAGCCCAGCCCCACGGCCAUGAUCCUCAACCUGUGGGAAGCGCGGCACUUCCCCAACGGCAACCUCUCGCAGCUGGCCGCCGCCGUGGCAGAGGUGGGCAAGCAGGACGGUGCCCUCUUUGCCGUCUCCGAGGCCGAGUGCUGA